GUCCAACUUAGAUCUUUGAAGAAGCCAAAAUGUACUUAAAUGAAGAGAACAAAACUGCAGGACGACGGGACAGUGAGAAAAGUCCUUAAAUUAUCCCACUAUAACGACCACAUUUAUGGAAAUUGUAGAAAUGAAGUGCGUGAAAAUUCAUUGUUUCUGAUUCUGUAUAGCGUACAAACAGCACGUGUCUCUAGAGAAAUGCCUAUACCAAAAAUGUAUAAAUGUGCUAUACGUAUAUACAUGUAAAUUUCGAUAAUGUUGCAGAAGUCACAAACAAGCGCGAAAAGCCGCAGAGUUGGACCGCUUCCAGGAAGCUCGCGGAGCGAAACCGCCAAUAGAAGGGUGUGACUACUGCUCCAACGCCGGCGCGUGAUUGCUGAAACUUUAAGGCGGCGCGCUGGGCCCGUGUUUGAACAUGCAAAUGAGCCGCCCCCGGCAUGAGCGGGCGCCCAUGUGGACGGUCACCAUGCCUUGUUGUUCUCCCCGGUGAUUGGCUGCCAGACACGGACAUGUUGUAAUCGAAUGCAAAUACAGCGCAGGGGAGGGCUGCUACUACGACCUGGCGACGGACCGGGGAACAGCCUGCUGUCCUCGCCAUACGAGCGUGCUGCUCUGUCAAAUGACAAACCAUUAAAUGACGUGUGACAACAUUUAUUGACCGCCGUGACACUCAUUUUGUCGCUAGAAGUUUAAACCACGAGCGCAUAUGUCAGUGCGUCUGCCAUGUAUAAACUGAGGCUCGCCGAAUGUGGACAAUUCUGAGGGAAACACUCGCAAAACCGCUCGCCACGGAAUUAAUUGGUGCAUAUCAACAGAACAUUUCACAGAAAGUUAGAAAUUAGAAACAAUGUGAAUAACCCAGGCAUAUAUAUUUAAAUCGCGCACUUACAAGGAAGCCCUUCUUUAGUGCCUGUAUGACAUUAAGAAAACCCCGUUCGUUAAGCACAGAACAUCCUGCUCCGUAUUUUGCGCUCGGUUGUACUUUCUGGGAGGGGUAAUAACGUGGUGGCUACGGGGCGAGGGGAGGGCGGCGCGCGCUAUGGUUCUCGCCUUGUUAUGUUUUCUGUUAUUCGCAUCGCCAUCUUGUUGCAGCCCCCGUACGUGUCUGAGAGCCCUUUACGAAGGGGAUCCGGAUACUUGUUCCCCCCCCCCCCUCCUCCUCUUCCUCCUCCCUGCGCACACCGGAAAAGGGAUCCCGUGCUGCAAUAAGUCGCGGCACAUCCCUCUGGGCUCUUAUCUGCAUUCGUCGCUCGCGACCGACUUCUAGCAGCAGUAGCACGAGAUGAGCAUCGACACGCUUUUGGAAGCAGCCAGGUUUCUGGAAUGGCAAGCCCAGCAACAACAGAUCACACGUGAAGAAAGUGAAUCGAGGGAGAAUGCCUCCGCGGACCAGGAGGCGGAACAGAGACCUCCUGAGGUCUCCUCGUUCGUUCAACCUGUACCGGUGAACCAUGUAACUUGGGCAGAGGAAUCGCGCUUGGAGGUUCGCCCCGCUCCAGUCCAGCCUCGUCCGCUCCCGCCUCCGGUGCCCAUCGCGGUCAUCCCUAUCCCCGUGGUGUCGGCACUCCCCUUGUCCCCUUCUGGUCCUUCUGGGAAGGACACCCAUUCUCCACCCCAGCCGCAACAGCCACAGCGUCCCCUGCUAGCGCAGGUAAAGACAGAGUUGGUGUCGGUGGCAGACGCUGGGAGUCCUCAGCGAAAACUCCAGUCACAGCCUCAGCAGCUCCAGCCUCAUCCUGCCUCCACUGCAGCUUCCUCCCAGAAUGUGUUGGUACCUGGGCCCACGGUCCUGCAGGGCCAGGCAGCCCCGAUGGCAAGACCCGGCUCGGUCCUGGAGGACACCCGGCAGUCAGAUGCCAGGAGAAGGCCCGGAGGGGCAGGGACUAGAGAAGUGCACAACAAGCUGGAGAAGAACAGACGGGCACAUCUGAAGGAAUGCUUUGAGACCCUGAAGAGGAACAUCCCCAACGUAGACGAGAAAAAGAGCUCAAACCUGAGUGUGUUGAGGAGUGCCUUACGCUACAUCCAGACGUUGAAGAGGAAAGAGAAGGAGUUCGAGCACGAGAUGGAGCGGCUGGCGCGGGAGAAGAUCUCCACGCAGCAGCGACUGGCCGAGCUGAGGAAUGAGCUGAGUCAGUGGGUUGAUGGCGUGGAGAUGGACCGACUGCUACGGCAGGCUGUGCAGCCAGAGGACGACCAGGCUUCCACUUCUACUGCUUCAGAGGGCGAAGACAGCCUGGACCAGUUGGAGGACGAGGAAAUGCCCUCAGCUCCCGCCUCCCUUCCCAAAGCACUUCAGAACCUGACAGCCCCGGUGCCCGCCGCUACCAGCCUCGCGUCUUCUCACGUUCCUCUCCAGCAGAAGCCGCAGCAGCCGGCACCGACCCCCAGUUUACUGUCUUCGGCCCCCGGUCCCGCCCAAGCUGUGGUGGCCCACCCGCACCUGGUGACACAGCCGACGGUCAUCGCCCACGCGGCCUCUGCCUCACAUGCCUCUGUCAUCCAGGCCGUCAGCCAUGUGAUCCAGACCGGCCCCAAGCACAUUGCCCACAUCGCCCCUUCCUCCUCCACCGCCCCCUCGGUCCCUGGAAGCACCCCCAUCGGCCACAUCACAAUGCACCCUGUUGCUCACCUGGGCCCCGCCCUUUACCCGCAGCAGGUGGCCGUCUCGCAGUCCCCUGCUGCCGCCACCGUGGUUAGCCACAUUGCUCACACACUGAGCCAUGCCCAGGUGAAUGGCACUGGCCCUGCCCCAGGCCCCCAGCCCACUACCCUGGUGAGCAAGAGGCAGGUGGUGGCACCACACCCACAGCUUGUGGGCCAGGCUGUGCUCAACCCUGUGACUAUGGUAACCAUGCCCUCCUUCCCUGUGAGCAGCCUGAAGUUGGCCUAAGGGCGGCCACAUGCGUGCGAGCGCGCGUACACACACACACACACACACACACACACACACACACACACACACACACACACACACACAUAUACGCGCACACACACACACAGUGAUGGGGAGAACUGCAGAGCCGGGCAAGAUGACAAACUGCGUUGGGACUUGCAUGUCUGAAAAAGGAACUCCUUUAAUCCAAAAAAAAAAAAAAACUAUUUUAUUUUUGCAAUAAGUAAGUAUAUGAAAUAAUGUGAAGCACUCCAUCCAGACUUUGGAUAUGUAAAGUGGGGAUACUACUUGUAGCAGCGUGGGCUGCUGGGUCUGAUCUGUUUGAUGCCUCACUCCGAAACCAUGUGUUUCUCCCUCUAGGAAUGGGAGGGCAAAAAAACAUGGAGGGAAAAAAAAAAAGAAGCAAUCAGAUUGAACUAUCAUUUUGUUGUGUGAAACGUACCGUGUGCUUUCUGCCCGUCUGCCAUUUCUUCUGCAGGCCUCUCUUCUACAUGGAACAAGAUAUUUUUAUAGUGCUUAGCUCUACAGUCUUUCUUAGGGCCACUUUUGUGGUCUCACUCUGUGCAGUGACAUGGUGUCAGAUGGUCAGUAGGGACCGGAUGUUUGUGACUGUGAAGUACUGGACUGUUCUUAAGGAAAUUCAGCUCAAAUUCAGAGGUAUAAAUUAGGCAAAUCGUUUAAGUGAAGGCACCACAUUAGUUACAGGCACUGGUAGGAGAAUACAGCGAGGGCCAUAGUCCUUCUUAGUGUUGGCUCUUUUGGCCUUAAUUGUAAUGCUUGCAGAUAAGUCCGCUGGUGCUCUAAGUGUGAAUGUUUCUCAGUGUGAUCUCACUGGCUGUUGAGCUCCACACGCCUCUCUCAUCAGUUUGACUAAAGUUCUCUGUUCACCUCCAGCUAGAAAAGUGAAGCUCAUGUGACAGCAGUGAUUGUCUGCUUCCCUGGCAGUAGGUGGCUCUUUGCUGUGUCGUUCUGCCCUCUGCUGUUCAUUGGGCGCCACUGCACAGAGACUUGCUGUGGACCAGGGCUUCCGUGGCCUUCAGUGAGCUUGUAGUGGCAGGUGUCCUGCAAGAACCAAUGACGUUCUUCUUUUUUUUCCAGUGGGGGGAAUCCUUGAGCAAAUAGCCUAUGAUUAAGGAAUAAGUGCAAGAAAACUCUUCCUCUCUCAGACCCCUUCCUCACUUUUAUUUCUCUAUGAAGAGUGGAAAGAUUGGUGGCAUGGGGGCGAAGGUUCUCUUCUGCAAGUGGGUGGAGUGCCUCACAGUGUGUAUCCUGACAGCCGGUGUGUUGAGCCUUUGAUCCCUUUUGAAGGAAGUUAGCUGUUGGAAAAAAAUUCUGCAUAAACACUGUCCAGAAUAGAAGACCUGCAAAUCCUGGACUUGUGGAUGGUGAGACUGGUUCAGGUUCCAUGGGUGUUGAGUUUUGGCUAGAGCUGAUAGAAAGCUGCUUCUUUUGUCUUGUGUGUAUGUACGUAUGUGUGUGUAUUAGGGAGAGCAUUAUGGAAAAUGCAGUCUUUGUUUUCUAACUUUAUGCUCUGUAUUUUUAAAACAACGUAUGCAGUUCAGUUGUGAGUUUUAUAUUUGUAUGUAUAUGCGUGAAUAUGUGUGCAUUUGUAUGUAUGUUCAUGUAUUUAAGAAUUUUACCGUUGCUUGUAUUUGCAUGUAGAUUGCAGGUUUCUGUGUAGAUGUUUAUGGGCUUUUUUGGGACCAUUUAUAAUACAGAAUACCACAGGGUCAGCUUUACAGACCUCUUUCCACAUUGAUAAUAUAAUUUUUAUAAUAUAUAUAUAUAUAUAUAUACACACACACACACACACACACACACACACACGUAUAUAUAUAUAAAAUGUUUUUCCCUAUGGAGAAAGUUUAAGUUAAAUAUCGCCUGUACAU